AUGGUGGCCAAGGUUGUGAGCAAGAAGGGUGGAGCCGAAAAGGCCAAGAAGACCACGUUGAAGUUCACCCUGGACUGCCAGCAGCCGGCGGAUGACAACAUCAUCGAGACCAAGGACUUUGAGCAGUUCCUGAUGCGUCGCAUCAAAGUGGACGGCAAGCCCGGCAACUUGGGAGAGAAGAUCACCAUCAACCGGGAGAAAGCCAAGAUCCAUGUGACCGCUGAGUCUCCUUUCUCCAAGCGUUACUUGAAGUAUUUGGGCAAGAAGUACCUGAAGGCGCAGCAGUUGCGGGAUUUCCUCCGCAUCGUGGCCCCCAACAAGACCUCUUACCAGAUGCGUUACUUCAACAUCAACGAUGACAAGGAUGAGGAGGAGUGA